AUGGAUGCCCGGGCCCCCCUCGCUCUGCUGCUCGCCGCCUGGAGCGCCGCUGCCGCCGCCGCCGCUUUCCCGCACCGCCUGGUCCAGCCGAGUGCCCGGCGCAGCGCCUGCAAGCCCGUGCCCAGCAGCAUGGCCCUGUGCCACGGCGUGGGCUACAGCGAGAUGCGCCUGCCCAACCUGCUGGGCCACGACACCGUCAAGGAGGCCUUGCAGCAGGCAGCCUCCUGGGUGCCGCUGCUGAGCAAGCAGUGCCACCGCGACACCAAGAGGUUCCUCUGCAGCCUCUUUGCCCCCGUCUGCAUCGGCGAGCUGGACGCGCCCGUGUUCCCCUGCCGGACCCUCUGCGAGGCCGUCCGGGAGGGCUGCGCCCCCGUCAUGGCCGCCUUCGGCUUCCCCUGGCCGGACAUGCUGAACUGCAGCCGCUUCCCCGCAGGGAACGAGCUCUGCGUCCCACCCGUCGGCCCGGACGACGGGCCGCAGGUCCCCGGAGGAGGUGUGGUGUGCGCAGCUUGCCGUGACACCGGCCAUGCCGAGAAGGAAUUCCUGGAGAGGGUCUGCAGCCAGGGUUUUGCUUUAAAGAUGAGCAUUAAAUCUUUGUCCGGCCUGGAAGGGGGCCUGAAAGUGGCUCCAGAGAUGCGGAGCCGCACGCUGUACAGGCACGACGGCUGGUCGGAAGAGGAGCUGCAGAAGCCGGUCCUGUGGCUGCCUGACGGAGAGGCCUGCUCAUGCCCGGCGCUGGCUGGGCCCCCCGGCACCGUGGUCCUUGCCAUGGGGCACCGGGUCGCUGGCCAGCUGGUCCUCUCCUGGGUGAGGCGGUGGCAGCGGGGGGAGAAGGAGCUGAAGAAGUUCUCCAGGGCCGUGCGGAAGCUGCAGUGCUAGAGGAGUGCCCGUCCGCGCACCCUCCCCGUGCGCACACCGGAGCCGGACGAGGGCGGCCCCACCUUCCUGGCUGCCAGCCUUCCAUAGCGGGGCCGCAUCGCUCCCUUGAGGUGCCUUUCUGAUCCAAGCGUCCCGUUAGUGGCCCUCAUCGUAUUCUGCUCCUCUUCCUAUUGAAGUUCCUCUCCCAUUUCAUGGCCUCGUGUGCCUUCAGGGCUUCCUGCUUGCAUCCGCCGGACAGUUUUGGGCUGUGCUCCGUCUCCAGUGGCUCGGCCUCCUGCUCCGCGAGUCUUGGGGCGGUUCUGUGCCGGCAAAAUGAGGCCCCGCCUGGAAGUUCUGUGGCUGGCACAUGCCGCCCCCCCCCCCCAGCUCCACUCCAUGCGCACAGUUUUGAACACACAGAUGCUGCUUCUCUGUAUAUACACACAGGGCUUUUUUUGUCAUAGAUCGCACCAGAGCAGCGU